AUGGUUAACUCCAAGACUGUCGUCUCUGCCUUGGCCCUGUCGGCUCUUGCUGCAGCUGCCCCUGCUCCCAGCUCGACCACUAGCUUCUCCAUCAACCAGGUUGCCGUCAAGAAGCCUGCUAUCCACCCCGCUGUCAAAUACGCCAAGGCCCUUGCCAAGUACCAUGCUGAGAUUCCUAGCAAUGUCGCCUCUGCUGCUGCCUCCGCUCAGUCUGGCUCUGCCACCAACAAGCCCACCGCCGAUGAUGAGGAAUACGUCACCCCUAUCACUGCUGGUAGCAGCACCUUGCACCUUGACUUUGACACUGGUUCCGCUGAUCUCUGGACCUACUCUGCCAGCACCCGUGGAGUUGGUUCUCACAGCACCUACGACACCAGCACCGGCAAGAAGGUUUCCGGUGCCAGCUGGCAAAUCUCCUAUGGAGACGGCAGCUCCGCCAGCGGUGUUGUCUACAAGGACAAGGUUGUCGUCGGCGGUGUCACCGCCAGCUCCCAGGCCGUUGAGGUCGCUACUCAAGUCAGCAGCGAAUUCUCCCAGGAUACCAGCAACGACGGUCUCCUUGGAUUGGCUUUCUCUUCCAUCAACACCGUCUCUCCUACCCCUCAGAAGACCUUCUACGACAAUGUCAAGAGCAGCUUGGCCAAGCCUGUCUUCGCUGUUACCUUGAAGCACCAGGCUCCUGGUACCUACGACUUUGGCUUCAUCGAUAAGUCCAAGUACAAGGGCUCGCUCGCCUACACCAACGUCGACAACAGCCAAGGAUUCUGGCAAUUCACUGCCGACGGUUACUCCAUCGGUGGCUCUGGCGGCGGCAGCUCUUUCUCCGCCAUUGCCGACACUGGCACCACCCUUGUCCUCCUCGAUGACAGCAUUGUCGACGAGUACUACAGCCAAGUCCAGGGCGCCCAGAACGACUCCUCCCAGGGUGGUUACGUCUUUGACUGCAGCGCUGAUCUUCCUGACUUCGGUGUCCAGAUUGGUGACUACACUGCCGUUAUCCCUGGUAAAUACAUCAACUAUGCUUCUACUGGCAGCACUUGCUUCGGUGGUAUCCAGUCCAACUCUGGAAUUGGCUUCAGCAUUCUCGGUGAUGUCUUCCUCAAGAGCCAAUACGUUGUCUUUGAUGGCGACAACCUCCAGCUCGGUUUCGCCGCUCAAGCUUAA